UUUUUAUGACUGCUCAAAUUCAUAUUUGUUCUAUUAACUGUAUUAUUAUUAUUAUUAUUAUUGUUUCUACCCUUCCUCCUCCUCCAUUUUUUUGUACAACUUCUUCAGUCUUAAUUUCUCUGCCAACAAAACAGUUCUUGGAAUUUCUGAAGGGCUCAUAAUACGAGGUUUUAGGUCAUUCCCUUUUCAGGGAUUCUCCUCUACUUCUUUUUUUAUACCAUGUUCCAUACUUCUAUCAGUGUACUACUAAAAAGAAUGUGUUUUCUCUUCUCUUCUUAAACAUUAUGGGAUUGAGUUUUCAUUCAUUCUUUGAGCAGCUUUUCUCAAUUAUUCUCACUUUCUGGUCUUAAGAUACCAAACUUCUUUGCUUUUUUACACUUUCUGAAGAAGAAAGUCCAAUGGCAUGUACUCAGCUUUGUGUCUUUUGCCAUAGAAAUCUACAGACAAUCAUCUUUUUACUACUUCUGUUCAUUUCAAGCUUGACACAUGUUAAAUUCAUGGCUGAAGGUAGGAGAAUUCUCAAGCUGCAAACUGGAAUUACUCAGAGGAAAGAUGAAGAGAAGAUGUUAAAGGUGAGAUCUUUAAUAGGUUCAAGGCCACCAAGAUGCGAAGGAAGAUGUAGAAACUGUGGACCAUGUGAAGCAGUUCAAGUCCCAAUUGUGCCAAACCUCAAACACCAGCAAUUAAGAAGCCAUCAAUUCAAUGCAUUCCCUAAAUUCUUAGCAUAUUCAAGAGGUGAUGAUAUCUCCAAUUACAAGCCUAUGUGUUGGAAAUGUAAAUGUGGCAACUUUAUGUUUAAUCCUUGACACAGCUAGCACAAGAAUAGAUCCUUUUUUUUGUGUGUGUAUGGAGAAAAUAAGUUUCUUCAAACUGUCUAUAUACAUGAAAUUUUUAAGUUAGCUAGCUUCUGUAGAUUUUGCAGAAUCAAGAUUGGUGAUUAUGCACAUUUUGUAUAUCUUAGCACUAUUGUAGCACCAUCUUCCCCUCCCCUUUCCUCCUUUUUUUUUUUGUUCGAAUACAAAAA